AUAGGAUUCUCAAUGAAGAAGCGCAAUCGGAUAGGCAACUUCGUGAGCAGUUCAAGGAACGUUGGACACGUACAUCUUCUGAUAAAUUAACAGAAAUGUUCCGGUCUAAUAUUGCGAAAUAUCGCCAGAUUAUUAAUAACGCUGUGAAUGCAGAUAAAACAGUCCGGGAGAAGUUUGAGACGCAUCGUAAAUUCAUGGAGGUGUUAAGUAAGAGUCCAGAAGCUGUGGAAGCAGCUGUUCCGUCAGGUGGACAGUCGAAUCUGGCGAAUUCAUCGGCAGUAAGUACUCUAAGAGGGUUAAUGGAAGAGGUUGAAACAAUCAAAGCGGAACGAGAUGUGAUUGAAUCCGAGUUAAAUUCGUCUUCGUUUGACAUGAAAGCGGAAUUCAUGGCUGCAUUGGCUAAAGAUGGCGCUAUUAACGAACCGCCGAUGUCUGUGGAGUGUUUGGGUAAGCAUUUCGGGCCGUUGCAAACGCAAGUUCGUCAGAGUAUCGAAAGACAAGGCGAGUUAGUCGCGCGGAUUCAAAGCGCACAUUCGCAGUUUGUUAAUGAGCGUGGUAGUACCACGAACAACCGCGAUGAGGUUAUGAGUCAACUCGCGGCUGCACACGAUGCUUUCCGAGACUUGCAGAAUCAUCUCAAAGAGGGCACUAAGUUCUACAAUGAACUUACACAGUUGUUGGUUGUAACGCAAAACAAAAUCAGUGACUUUUGUUUCGCACGUAAAACCGAAAAAGAAGAGCUGUUGAAAGAUUUGACACAGGAGAGUAGCCGUCAAACGACACCAGCGCCACCUGCACGGCCUGAGUAUCACAAAGACGUACCAACUGGUCCGCCAUCAUCCGCGCCCAGUCAACCGACGCCGCAGGCACCCGGCCAGGGUCAACCCGGUUAUCCCUACGGCGGUUGGGGCACCUUAUAA